CUCACUCCCUGCCGCCUGCGGAGCCGCCGCCGAGCGGCCCUUCCUUCUCCCCUCAGCGCCCCGGAGCCGCGGGGCGGAGCGGGGGGUGCGAUGGCCACCGUGGUGGUGGAAGCGGACUCGGAGCCCUCCUGCAGCCUCCCGAACCCUGCCGCCCCCUCGCCCAGCCUGUCGCACCGCUUCCUGGACAGCAAGUUCUACCUGCUGGUGGUCAUCGGCGAGCUGGUGACCGAGGAGCACCUGCGCCGGGCGAUCGCCAACAUCGAACGAGGAAUCCGAUCAUGGGACACAAACCUGAUUGAAUGCAACUUGGAUCAAGAACUGAAACUUUUUGUGUCACGCCAUUCAGCUCGAUUCUCUCCUGAAGUUCGAGGUCAGAAAAUUCUUCACCACAGAAGCGAUGUCUUAGAAACUGUAGUCCUGAUCAAUCCCUCAGAUGAAGCAGUUAGUACCGAGGUGCGUUUGAUGAUCACAGAUGCUGCAAGACACAAGCUCCUUGUACUAACUGGACAGUGUUUUGAAAACACAGGAGAGCUCAUCCUUCAGUCAGGAUCCUUCUCCUUCCAGAACUUCAUUGAGAUCUUCACGGAUCAAGAGAUUGGUGAAUUACUGAGCACCACACACCCUGCCAACAAAGCCAGCUUAACUCUUUUCUGCCCCGAGGAAGGGGACUGGAAAAAUUCCAACCUUGACAGACACAACCUUCAAGACUUCAUUAACAUUAAGCUCAACUCAUCUUCCAUAUUGCCUGAAAUGGAAGGACUUUCUGAAUUUACAGAAUACCUGUCAGAAUCAGUAGAAGUGCCAUCGCCCUUUGACAUUUUAGAGCCUCCAACCUCAGGAGGAUUCUUGAAACUCUCCAAACCCUGCUGUUAUAUUUUCCCAGGCGGAAGAGGGGACUCUGCAUUGUUUGCAGUGAAUGGAUUCAAUAUGCUUAUCAAUGGAGGAUCUGAAAGAAAAUCCUGCUUUUGGAAACUUAUCCGGCAUUUGGACAGAGUAGAUUCCAUUCUGCUCACUCAUAUUGGGGAUGAUAACCUGCCGGGAAUCAAUAGCAUGCUUCAGCGAAAGAUAGCUGAAUUAGAAGAGGAACAGUCUCAAGGGUCUACUACCAACAGUGACUGGAUGAAAAAUCUGAUCUCACCUGAUUUAGGAGUUGUAUUCCUUAAUGUACCUGAGAACUUGAAGAACAUGGAUCCAAGCUUCAGAGUUAAAAGAAGCGUGGAAGAAGCUUGUUUCACUCUCCAGUACUUAAAUAAAUUGUCUAUGAAACCAGAACCUCUCUUCAGAAAUGUAGGAAAUACAAUUGACCCAAUCAUUUUAUUUCAGAAAAUGGGAGUUGGCAAACUUGAGAUGUAUGUGCUUAAUCCUGUCAAAAGCAGCAAAGAGAUGCAAUAUUUUAUGCAUCAGUGGAGUGGUACUAGCAAAGAUAAAGCUGAAUUUCUGCUACCAAAUGGCCAAGAACUAGACAUUCCAUUAUCCUAUUUCACUUCCGUCUCAUCCUUGAUUGUGUGGCAUCCAGCUAAUCCUGCAGAAAAAAUAAUCCGAGUUCUGUUUCCUGGAAACAGCACCCAAUAUAAUAUUCUAGAAGGACUGGAAAAACUCAAACACUUAGACUUCCUUAAACAACCAAUGGUUACACAAAAAGACCUGACUGGAAACAUCGCUAGUCCAGCUGUGAAACAAGCAAAGCUGAAACAACGAACAGACAGCAAGGAGAGUCUGAAGCCUGCUGCAAAGACACCACCAAGCAAGACUGUCAGAAAAGAAUCUAAAGAAGAAACACUGGAGCCUGCAAAGCCUAGUCCAGCACUGGAAAAGCCACAGAAAUUAGAAAGCAAAGAAAAAACUCCAGUUAAAAAAGAGAAAGCAGUAAAACCAGAAACCAAAACUAUUGUGGCAGAAAAAGAUGUAACCACUAAGGAGGAGCAAUUAGGGAAAUCUGAAACUUCUGAAAAACAAGCUUCUGAAAAACAAGAUGUAAAACCAAAAGUGACAAAGGAGAAGUCAGUGAAAAAGGAAGUCAAAGCAAAACCUGAAGAAAAGAAAGAUGAAAAAGAAAAACCAAAGAAAGAAGUUUCUAAAAAAGAGGAGAAACCACUCAUCAAAAAAGAGGAAAAACCCAAAAAAGAAGAUAUCAAGAAAGAAGUUAAAAAAGAGGUGAAAAAGGAAGAAAAGAAGGAAGCUAAGAAGGAAGUAAAGAAAGAAGCUCCACCAAAGGAAGCUAAAAAAGAAGUUAAAAAGGAAGAGAAGAAAGAAAUUAAGAAGGAAGAAAAGGAAGUCAAAAAGGACAUCAAAAAGGUUCCUAAAGAAAUAAAGAAGACACCUACUCCUUCAACUGAAGCCAAAAAGCCAGCAGCAAAACCCAAACCACAAAAGAAGGAGGAACCUGCUAAAAAAGAAGCAGUACCUGCUGGAAAAGCAAAGGAAAAAGGAAAAAUUAAGACUGUGAAGAAGGAGAGCAAAGUCAGUGGAGCACAGACUGCCCUUGCAGCAGUUGGAGCUGCUGCAACAACUGUAGCAGCUGUAGCAGCUGCAGAGAUUACAGCUAGUGGAAAAGAACUUGAAGCAGAAAGAUCCCUCAUGUCUUCACCAGAAGAUUUAACAAAGGAUUUUGAAGAAUUAAAAGCUGAAGAAGUAGAAACAAUAAAAGCAACAAGACCUCAGGUUGCGCUGAUAGAGGAUGAACUGAAACUCACUGGCAAAGAACAUAAAGACGCCUUUGAAGUACAAAAGGAAAAAUUAGAUAAUGAAGGACCUGCAGAAUCCUCUGAUGAAGGCAUAACAACCACAGAGGCUGAGGGUGAGUGUGAACAGACACCUGAAGAAUUGGAACCUGUAGAAAAGCACAGAGUUGAUGACAUUGAAAAGUUUGAAGAUGAGGGAACUGGUUUGGAAGAAUCAUCUGAAGCAGGAGAUUAUGAGGAAAAGGCAGAGACAGAAGAAGCUGAAGAACGAGGUGAAGAUGAGGAAGAAAAGACACCACUUGACGCCACAAAACCAUACAUGGAAGAAGCACGAAGAAUUCAUGACUAUUCAGAUGAAAUAAUGUCCGAAGCAGAUGCUAACAUUAAAGACGAAAAAUAUACUGAAAAGGCAGAUUAUGAGACAUCAGAUGAACGGGCUGAGGAAGACAGGGAAGAAGCAGUAGAGAAGGCAGAAACUGAAGAGACUGAAGAAGAGGAGGAAGACAAAGCAGAAGACAUCAGAGAUGAAGAGGAGACUGAAAAAAUAGAAGCUGAAGAAGAUUACGUGAUGGCUGUAGUAGAUAAAGCUGCAGAAGCUGGUGAAGUUGAAGAUAAAUAUGGCCUGCUCAUAAUUACACCAACAAAACGCUCAGAGCCUCAGUCUCCAGCAGUUGAACCAGCCUCUUCUAUCCAUGAUGAGACAUUACCUGGUGGUUCAGAAAGUGAAGCCACUGUUUCUGAUGAAGAAAAUAGAGAAGAUCAACCUGAGGAAUUCACAGCUACUUCAGGUUAUACACAGUCUACCAUUGAAAUAUCUGGUGAACCAACUCCUAUGGAUGAAAUGUCUACACCCCGGGAUGUCAUGAGUGAUGAAACUAACAAUGAGGAAAGUGAAUCACCUUCUCAGGAGUAUGUGAACAUUACCAAGUAUGAAACAUCACUGUACUCUCAAGAGUUUGGUAGACCUAAACUUUCUCCACUUCCAGAUGCUUUUAAUGGAUUAUCUGAAGGAUCCAAAACAGAGGCCACAGAAGGUAAAGACUAUAAUGCCUCAGCUUCUACCAUUUCACCACCUUCUUCAUUAGAAGAAGACAAGUUCUGCAAAUCUGCAUUCCAGGAUGUGUACCGGCAAAAAGAAAGUGAAACUGCCAAGUUAGAAAUCAAAGAAACCUGUCCAGAAGAUGUUGAUGUUACUGGAAAACGUAGUCCAGCCAAGAGUCCAGCUGAUAGUUUGUCCCCUCCGUCACCAGUUGCCAAAACACCAUUGGGUGAACGUAGUGUGAACUUUUCUCUUACUCCCAAUGAGAUCAAGGUCUCAACUGAGACUGCCUCCAUUACUGCAUUGCCCAGUGUACAUCAAGAAAUUGCUGAAGAGCACUGUGCAAGUCCUGAAGAUAAAACAUUAGAAGUAGCAUCUCCCUCACAAUCUGCUGCUGGUAGUGCUGGCCACACGCCUUACUAUCAGUCCCCCACUGAUGAAAAAUCCAGUCAACUUCCCUCUGAAACAAGUGAGAAGUCAUCAGAAGCUCCAGUAAGCGUUGAAUUCAGUGAAGUCAAAGAUGAGUCCACAAGACCUAGAAUAAGCCCUAUGGAUGAGCCUGUGCCAGAUUCAGAAUCUCCUAUUGAAAAGGUUCUCUCACCUCUACGGAGUCCUCCACUGAUAGGUUCAGAGACCUCUUAUGAUAUGUUUCUGAGUGCUGAUGUAAAAUCUCCCACCAGAGAUUAUGAAAGUCCUUCUGAAGGGAAACCCGAGAAAGAAAAAUCACCUGUUCAGAUGAGCCCAGCUUCUGAAGCCAGUUCAGUGGGCCUUUUCCAAGAAAAACAAGAUGAGAAAAGCAUGGAGUUUAUGGUAAUUAAGGAAAGCUUCAGCCUGGAAAGAAAAAUGGAGGAUACAGAACCCAGCAGCUCUCAGUCUUCACUAGUCUUGGAUGAACGAAAGUUGACUGGUGAUCUCUCACCUACUCAAAUAGAUAUAAGUCAGUUUGGUUCCCUAAAAGAAGAUACCAAAAUGUCAAUAUCUGAAGGCACUGUUUCUGACAAGUCUGCUACUCCUGUUGAUGAGGUUGUAGCAGAAGAUACCUAUUCGCACAUUGAAGGAGUAGCUUCUGUCUCCACAGCAUCUGUUGCUACUAGUUCAUUUCCAGAACCAACCACUGAUGAUGUAUCUCCUUCUUUGCAUGCUGAGGUUGGAUCCCCUCACUCAACAGAAGUUGAUGAUUCCCUUUCAGUCUCUGUUGUACAAACACCAACAACAUUUCAGGAAACGGAAAUGUCUCCAUCUAAGGAGGAAUGCCCAAGGCCUAUGUCAAUUUCUCCACCAGAUUUCUCACCUAAGACAGCAAAAUCAAGAACCCCAGUGCACGAUCACAGAUCUCCUGAACAGUCAACUAUGUCAGUAGAAUUUGGCCAGGAAUCCCCUGAGCAGUCUUUAGCAAUGGAUUUCAGUAGGCAGUCUCCUGAAUAUCCUACUGCAGGCACUGGUAUACACCAUAUAUCUGAAAAUGGACCGACUGAAGUAGAUUAUAGCCCUUCAGAUAUACAGGAGCCCACUUUUGCAAGGAAGAUUUCCCCUGUGGAGCAUACAUCUUACUCUCAGGAGAAGGAUAUUUCAGAAAUUAUUUCAGUUUCUCAAAUUGAAGCUUCGUCUUCAAGCUCAUCAGCUCAUACACCUUCCCAGGUAACUUCACCACUGCCAGAGGAAACCUUUUCAGGCGCUGUUCCACCCAGAGAUAUGUCACUUCAUUCUUUUACCUCAGAAAAGGUUCAGAGCCUAGGAGAAAAGCUGUCACCAAAGUCUGACCUAUCUCCAUUAACUCCAAGAGAAUCUUCUCCUCUAUACUCUCCUACUUUUCCAGAUUCACCUCCUGCAGUCACAGAAGCAGUGUCACCUAGUCACACAUCUCCAUUGUCGCUGCAAGUGUCCUCUGAUAAAGUGUUCGGUUAUCAGGCUGUCACAUUACAAGAAACACUUACAAAGCACAGCCCAGAACCUUUAUUCAGCCCAGAAAAAGAAGAUUCAGAGAAGAGCAGCAGAUCACCAGAGGAACUUAGUUAUUCUUACGAGGCCACAGAGAAAACCACUAGGUCACCAGAAGAUAUUAGCUACUCCUAUGAGGCAGUUGGAAAAUCUACUAGAUCACCUCAGGCCACAGAUUAUUCAUAUGAGACAACAGGAAAAAUUACAAGGUCACCUGAGGCCACGGAUUAUUCCUAUGAGAUGAGGGGGAAAAUGACCAGGUCACCUGGAGAUACAGAUUAUUCCUACGACUUGACACAAAAGACCACUGUGUCACCUGGGGAUACAGAUUACUCCUAUGAGCUGACACAGAAGACCACCAGGUCACCUGGAGAUACAGAUUAUUCCUACGAGAUGACAAGGAAAACAACCAGGUCACCUGGUGAUACAGAUUAUUCCCAUGAUGUAAUUGGGAAGACCACCAAAUCACUUGAUGUCACGGAUUAUUCGUAUGAGAGAAUUGGGAAAGGUACCCAAUCACUUGAUGCUAUGGAUAGUUCAUAUGAGGCAAUGGGGAAAACCACUGAGUCACCAGAAACCAUUAGCUACUGCUAUGAUACAAGUGGGAGAACCACCAGGUCACCUGAAGCCACAGAUUAUUCAUUUGAGACUGAGAAAGCCACCAGAUCACCUGAAGCCACUAGCUAUUCAUAUGAGGCAAGCGCACAUUUUACUCCAGGAAAAUCGUUAGCAGAAUCCCGUCAAGAUGUUGAUUUAUGCCUUGUGUCAUCCUGCGAAUAUAAGCAUCCUAAAACUGAACUUUCACCUUCAUUUAUCAACCCAAAUCCCCUUGAGUGGUUUGCAAGUGAAGAACAAUCUCAAGACCAAGAAAAGCUGCUAACUCAGUCUGGGGGAGCCCAGCCACCCUCUGGGGGAAAGCAGCAAGGGCGGCAGUGCGAUGAAACCCCUCCAACUUCAGUGAGCGAGUCUGCCCCUUCUCAGACUGAUUCGGAUGUUCCACCCGAGACUGAGGAAUGCCCUUCCAUCACUGCAGAUGCUAACAUUGACUCGGAAGAUGAGUCAGAAACCAUUCCAACAGACAAGACAAUUACCUACAAACACAUUGAUCCACCACCUGUCCCAAUGCAGGAUCGCAGCCCUUCCCCUAGGCACCCUGAUGUCUCCAUGGUUGAUCCAGAGGCUUUGCCUAUCGAUCAGAAUUUGGGUAAACCUUUGAAGAAAGAUCUUAAAGAAAAGACUAAAACAAAGAAAACAGGUACGAAGACCAAGUCAUCUUCUCCUGUUAAAAAAAGUGAUGGUAAAUCAAAACAAGUGGCUUCUCCAAAGCCAGCUGCAAAAGAUUCUUUGGAAAAAAGUUCCAAAACAGCUUCUCCAAAAAAGAAGGAAUCUGUGGAGAAGGCAAGCAAAAAUAUCUCUACUCCAGAAGUGAAGACCCGAGUGGAAGAGAAAGAUAAAGACACCAAGAAUGCAGUAAAUACAACAGCAUCCAAGUCAGCAAAGACCGCCACCACAGGACCUGGGACUACUAAGUCAGCAAAAUCUACGGCAGUGCCCCCAGGACCUCCGGUGUAUUUGGAUCUGGUGUACAUUCCCAACCACAGCAAUAGCAAGAAUGUUGAUGUUGAGUUUUUCAAGAGGGUGCGGUCAUCCUACUAUGUGGUGAGCGGGAAUGAUGCUGCAGCUGAGGAGCCAAGCAGGGCUGUUCUGGACUCCCUGCUGGAGGGCAAGGCCCAGUGGGAGAGCAACAUGCAGGUGACCUUAAUCCCAACCCAUGACUCAGAAGUGAUGAGGGAAUGGUACCAAGAGACCCAUGAGAAACAGCAGGACCUCAACAUCAUGGUUUUGGCAAGCAGCAGCACCGUUGUUAUGCAAGAUGAAUCUUUUCCUGCAUGCAAGAUAGAACUGUAAGAACAGGCCGUGCACCACAACACUAAACUUCAUUUCCAGAAAUUCUUCAGUUUGAAAACACUUUUUCUAAAAGUUCGACCCAUCUAUUUCAACUGCUGAACUAUAUACCUGCCAAAUACUAUACUGUGUCAUGGUGAUGCAAGUCACUAAUAUUUUUCAGUCUUUGCUGAUUGCUAAGGGAAGUAACAACAUUCCCAUAGUAGGGUUCAGAUUACUGCGAAAAUACAGAUCCAGUUUCAUCUCCGCUGAACUUUUGGAAACCAUGCACUAGCAACCCUAACUGACUUCUGCCAGGUAUAGGCGUUUGCCCUCCAAAGAGAGGGCAAAGAGAGAGAAAGAGAGGGGUAGGAGGAGAAAGUAAUAACUACUUAGAUCUGCAUUAGUCUCAUGGCAAUAGAUGUACCGCUUACUGCAGUCUGCUUAUGCUCUCGUAUGAAAAGAAAUUUUAAACUUUUUAUCUAUCUGAGCUAUCACAAUGGGGAUACUUACUUUACAAAGUCAAAUUAUUUAGAAAAUAAGAAGAAACAGAAUGUGUCUAGGAAGGGACGUUCGACCUAAACUCUCAUUAGCCAUUUUCCACUUUAGUUUGAACUCUGCAUACUGACAUGCCAUAACAGUCAUAGGCCAAAUAUGCACAUCAUCUGAAUCCCAUCCAGCACUCUAAAACUUUCCUUUCAACAUGCAGAAUUGUUGGUCUAAGGCAUGCUCCCAGUGAAAGUCCACUUACUCCACUCAGAAUUGACCAGUCCAUGUGCUUAAACACCCAUGUCAAGUGUUGAUUGACUGAAGCAAAAUACCAAAGCAGUUGGGAGUACAGUAGACAAGUUGCCUUAGAAAGUGACUUGAAUGUACAAAGAAACUUGAUGCACUUAUUUUUUACUGUCGAGACAGCAAAUUUAUAAAACAACUGUUUAGGAUCAUAGUUACACCAAUAAAGAAGCGUGAGUGUGGUACUAGAAACCUAUCUGACUGGUCAAACAGUUUGGUGCUAUGAAUUGCGUAUGUUAGUCAUGUGAACACUUCACUGUUGCACCUGGACAGCUCAACAAUGCAAGAUGAGCUUUUUUUCUUUUCUUUUCUUUUCUUUUUUUUUUUUUUUUUGAAAGUUUCUUUUGUACUGUGAAAGCAAGAUUGAAGGGGUGUCCAGUAUCAGAGUUGCAAAACUUACUGAAAUAUUCAGAAUGAUAAAAAGGUUGCCUGCGAGUCUGUACAGUAUUCAACCUUCCUUUGUCUUACCUUAUUUUACUUGUUUAAUUUAAGAGUGAAUAUGGGAACAAAUGUACAGAAACCUUUUUUAGCAUUGCGUGAACUUUUAAUAGAUGAAUUUUUAACAAAAAGUUUUCAUUUACAGGAAAAUGCAAAGAAAAAUUUUCAGAUGAAGGCAAUUUUUUUAGUAGUUUUGUAAGGUAAAUGAAUAAUGUUGUUUAAGGUUCUAGUGAGAAUGGAUAUUGAGGUAAAAUUAGUUGAAAAUCAUUAACUGCCAAAACCUUUUUUUGAGGUGGGUGAGGGGCCAUUUUGACAGUAAAAUUAAUCUAUUGAGAAUGACAGAAGAUAAGAUUUGCAAUGAUGAUUGCCUAGUAUUUACAGGGAUGUAGGCUACAUUUUCAAUCCUCAGAAGAUCUUGCAAGAUGAUAGAACAAGCAAUAAGCUAGAAUAGGUCCUUUUCUUUUUCCUUUUGGUUCUUCCUUUCCUUUUUCCCCUUUCCUUUUUCCCUCUUUCCUUUACCUUUUUCCUUUUCUUCUUUCCUUUCCCUCUUUUUUUCCUUUCCUUCUUUCUUUCCUUUUCUUUCCUCCUUUUUUCCUUUCCCCCUUCUUUUCCUCUCCCUUUCCUUCUCUAGACUGCUUGCAGAGGAACAGCAUGUAGUUCUGUGAUUCAAGAUAGUCUGGAUUUUUAGUUUCAGAAAUUUUACCCUAAUAAUAAAAGAAAUAUAUUGCAUUGAAGAAAAUUUGUGAAUUGGAAGUUAAAGAAGGUGUAAAGGCCUCCAAAAUGGGGAUAUGUGCUGGUCUGUAUGAUUCGCUGUUAUGGCUGGUAUUACAUUUCAAAAUGUAGUGAACUAUGACCUUAUUUUAUUUUCUUUACUUCUAAUUUAUUUCAGAUUUACAUUGUUAGGAUAUUUUUGUUUAAUAGGUAUACGUUUGCACUCCUAAUUUUUAUGAAUUUUUUUCUUUCUUAUGCUUUAGGGCCCUUUAAUUGGGGCUCUUAAGGCCCAUUCAAUGCUGUGAAUUUACUGUUUGUCAGUUGUUGGGGUUUUUGAUUUAUUUUUAAUGUCUUCCUUUUUUCUUUUUUUUUUUUCUUUUUUUUUAGGUAUCUCUAGCAAUACUGUUCUAUUUAUUGCUACACCUUUUAAGUUUGUAAGAAUAAGUCAGAAUGACUAUAGCACAAAAGGCAGUUAGAAGUGUGUUGUGAAAGCAAACAUACUUGCUGGGCUCAUAAUCAUUUACUUUAAAUUGCUUUAGUAAUACAUAAUCUUCAAAGUUUUAGGCAACGUGUUUGACAGAAUAGUUGUACUGUUUCUGCAAUUCUUUCUGCUUUGUCUGCUUUCAUAUGUAGGUAAGAUUUCAAAUUUUUUGAGAGGAUGGGAACAGAUCUUCUGGUUUUCUGACAAAAGCUGAAACAGUUUGUACCUUUGCUUUGGUAGAAAAUCUGUUUUAGGCACAGCAGUGGUCCUGAGACAAAUCUCACACCGGUGUGAAUCAGGAGCAAUUUUGCUACAAUCAGGGAAGUUACAGUCACUUGAUCCUACUGUAAAUUAGAAUCAAGCCUUAAAUCUCUCAAAGUAAGUUUGUGAUGGCUCAAGCAUUUGUUUUACUUAUUAAAAAAAAAAAAAAAGAAAAAAAAAAGAAAAAAAAAAAAGGCAGUUAAAGCCAAUCUUAAAAUGUACAUUCAUUUUCUGCUGCUACAAUAAUAUUAAAAGCCCAGCCUGGCUCCUCUGAGGUAUUGUAAGGCCCGUUCCAUCCAUUUCCUUUUAAAUGGUAACCACGCCUGGGUGCAACAUAGUGAUGAACUCCCUCCUCUUGCCCUUUAAUGUCUUUCCUGUCUGUGGAACUAAUCUAACUGUGCUAGUCAUAACACUACACAAUUAGCUUAGUAACAGUCAUCAAAAUGUACCAUGUACAUUAAUGAUGAGUGCUGUUGAUCGGCAUAGAUUUCUAGGAGCAUGGUUUGUUAUUGAUUAAUUAUAAAGAUUCAAUAUCUGAGUGUAAAGGACACUCCAUUUAAGUGAUGGUGUUAUCCAUAAUAGCAUCCCAGUCAUGAUCGUUAUGCUACUAACUAUUCUACUUAAUAAAAUUCAAUGAAGAAUUACCUUUAGAGAUCAUCCCCCACUCCUGAACUUGGACAGGGCCUCUCAUGCAUGCCUUUUCAAAGUCCUGUGGUGGGCCCGAUGUCAUUGACCUCUACUUUUUAUCCCAUCUUUCAUAGAAUUCACUUUUGAUUUUUUAAAAUUACCUUACAUGCAGUGGUUAAUGGAGAUAACUGUGUAUAUGAAUGUUUUUUUAAAAAUUGUCUAUGAUAGCUUACUCUAUUUAGGAGAGUUCCAGUACUCAUUUUACUAAGAUUUAAUUGAUUUGUUAAUUGAAUUUUGAAUCCCUCCCACUACAAGCAAGUCAGCUCCAAAGAGCGCUUACUGUACAUCUGGGACAUUUCUGUCAUAUGCUUCUCUUUGUUCAUCUGUCGCCAGAGGUUCUUGCUCAGUAAUGAUGUUUUGAGAGAAUUAGUAAUAUUGUUGGUCUGGAUUUGUUAGAAAAGGAGAAGUAUAACCUUUACAUUUGAAAGAAACUGUAAGCUUUCAUCUUUUCACAUAAUAAUUGAACAAAACACUAAAAGCAAUUUGGGGUAAGCAUUUCUUAGAAUGCAGUUAUAUGGUCCACCUGGUUUAAAAAUGUUUGGUACUUAAAAGAAAAACAAAAAAAGUCUGAUUGUUGUGACUUUACAAAAAAUCUAAAAAAUUAAACAACUAAAUAAAACAAUGGCAUAUCAAGAGGUAAAAAAAAAAAAAGAAAAAAAAAGAAAAAAAAAAGAAAAAAUAAUACAAAGCUUCUCUGUGCUAGACUUGCUAGGAGCUCCAGGUGGCAGGAGCUACCUCUUCAAGACUGGGCUGUAAUCACAACUUUAAAAGAACAAAUCUGAAAUAUGCUUUCACGCAUUUGCAUGCAGCCAUUUUCUUCCCAGCUAUGGAAAGAAACAGUCUUGUUGCUACUGAGAAGCACCUCACACACCUCCUCUCUCUUGUUCUGAAUGGUGUUUGUGUCAGUCUGCAGCUGUGUAUGGUAUUAUGUCUUAUAAUCCUGCAUCACUUCUAUUCUAUCCAGUCAUAUCUAAUGUAGAAAAUUAGUUUCCAGUGAAAGUAAUAUGUAGUGCUUUUAUGAUAUUUGUGUGCAAUAUCCCCUCUUCCAUUGAGGAUAUUUGAUGUAAAAGAAACAAACUCAGUUCCACAAUAAAAUACAAAAGUGGUAAA